GAAACACCCACCAGGUGCUCCUCCCCCCAGGCCCGGCCAGAAGCUGCCGGCACCACCCUGGGGGCCCUGUCAGCCAGGUACUGAAGGGGAGGGACAGGGUGGGCCUGAGGUCAAGGGGCAGGUGGAGUCCCUCUUCUGAGGGGUGGGAACGAAACGGAGGAGAGCUAGGCAAUGCCGAGGAGGGGGCGUGUGCCUCUGAGUUCAUUCAUUCAUUGAGGGAAACGUUUUCCCGGGCUGCCAAGGAGUGCUGAGCCAGGGGUAGGGUGGAGGUAGGAACCCAGGUGAAUCAGACUCAGGCUUUGCCAUCCCAAGAUCCCUCAGGAGAGAUGCAAGGGCAUCGCUGAGGUGGGGCUGCAGGCAUCCAAGAGGACAGAGAGAGAAACUGGACUGAAAACAUAAUGGGAGGUGGCACUUGAGGGUCAGGCCUUAAAUGGUAGGGAGCAUUUUGUCAGGCAAGGACGGCAUUCUUCGCCCAGCGGAAAGCUGCGUUCCUUUGCCUGGAGGGCAGGUGGGGAAGUGGACUUUUACUGGGCAGAGGAGAUCAGUGGUGGAUUCCAAGCAGGCCUGGAAGGAGGCCAGGGCCUCACGGAGUGGGUUCCUUCAGUGCCUGACUGUGAAGCUUGCACUUCACUGGGCCUUGGAGGAGUCCAGGAAAGAUUUUAAAUAGGGACAUAUUGUGACCAGUUGCACUCCAGGAAAAUUAUUUGUUUACAUUUAUACUUUGCCUCAUUCAUUCAGCCUAUGUAUUUUGAGAGAUUACUGUGUACCAGGCGCUGUGUUAAACACAAGGGUGCAGCAGUGACCAAGAGAGACCAAAUUCCUCAAAGAGCUAAAGAUCAGCAAGAAAUAAGGAAACACAGGAAAUAGACCAUAAUGACACACACGGGGUGAAUGUUGGAGACACAGUCGCGAUGCUGCCCAAGUCCCGAAGAGCCCUAACUAUCCAGGAGAUCGCUGCGCUGGCCAGAUCCUCCCUGCAUGGUAUUUCCCAGGUAGUGAAGGACCACGUGACCAAGCCCACUGCCAUGGCCCAGGGCCGAGUGGCUCACCUCAUUGAGUGGAAGGGCUGGAGCAAGCCAAGUGACUCGCCCGCUGCCCUAGAAUCAGCCUUUUCCUCCUACUCAGACCUCAGUGAGGGUGAACAAGAGGCUCGCUUUGCAGCAGGAGUGGCCGAGCAGUUCGCCAUUGCAGAAGCCAAGCUCCGGGCAUGGUCAUCAGUGGAUGGUGAGGACUCCACCGAUGAAUCCUAUGAUGAGGACUUUGCUGGGGGAACUGACUCAGACACGGCUGGGCAGCUGCCCCUGGGGCCCCACCUCCAGGACCUCUUCACCGGCCACCGAUUCUCCCGGCCUAUGCGCCAGGGCUCCGUGGAACCCGAGAGCGACUGCUCGCAGACCGUGUCCCCAGAGACCCUGUGCUCUAGUCUGUGCAGCCUGGAGGACGGGUUGUUGGGCUCCCCGGCCCGCCUGGCUUCCCAGCUGCUGGGCGACGAGCUGCUCCUCGCCAAACUGCCCCACAGCCGGGAAAGUGCCUUCCGCAGCCUGGGCCCAUUGGAGGCCCAGGACUCGCUCUACAGCUCGCCCCUCACAGAGUCCUGCCUUUCUCCCGCUGAGGAGGAGCCAGCCCCCUGCAAGGACUGCCAGCCGCUCUGCCUGCCGCCAGCGAGCAGCUGGGAACGGCAGCGGCAAGCCUCUGACGUAGCUUCUUCUGGGGUGGUGUCCUUAGACGAGGAUGAGGUGGAGCCAGAGGAACAGUGACCCACAUCAUGCCCGAUGGUGGCAUGUGUCCCCUGGCCGCUGCUGGGGGCAGAGCCUCUGUGCCCAAGCACGGGCGAGGCUUCCAGCAGAGCUCCAAAGCCUGGAGGGCUCCUGGGAGCACUCACUCCUCCAUUGUGUGUUUGCAUGAAAGUGUUCAGAGGAGGCAGGGGCCAGGCUGGGGGCGCAUGUCCUGCCCCCACCCCUGGGGUUUGCCGGGGGUUGCCCGGGGCCCCUGGGGCAUGGCUACAGCUGUGGCAGACAGUGAUGUUCAUGUUCUUAAAUCAAAACCACCACGUGCACAUUUCCUCCUCGGGUGAUGUGAACCCCUAUGGGGGCAGCUGUGACUGGGCUGCGUGGGGUGGAGCGGGAGGGAGCCCUGCCUCCCCGCCCCCUCCCCCUGCCUCUCCUCUGCUUCUCUCCUCACCUCCGAGUCCACGUGUAGUGCUUGACAGAACUGCCCCCGCCCGGGGUGGGGGGCUGGCUCUGACCCUCCUGGAGCCUCUGGAUUGAGCUGUCCCCCCAAGGGCCCCUCGCCCAGCUGGGCUCGUGCUGUGCUUCACCUGUCCAUCGUCUCUAAAUCUUCUUUUUCCUAAA